GAUCUGUCGUCCUCUCGUUAGGGUUUUCUCCGUUCCAGCCCUCGACCCCUUUACUUUCGCCUCCAAAUCAUCCAAGCGAAGAGGGCCAUCGCGAGAUCUCUAUCGCUGUUCUUCUUCCUGAAUCUGCGUGAUUUUCGUUCCCUAUUCGAAGAUGAUGCAGCCGGGCGGCGGAAUGGUGCAACAACCUCCGAUGGCGCCGCCACCGAUGGACCACCAGCAACAGCAGCAGCAACCGCAGCAGUGGCCCGUGAUGCCACUCAUGCCACCUCUGCCUCAGCCGCAGUACUACCAGGCCGGCCCGCCUCCGCCGAUGUGGAACCAACAGACAUCUCAGGUUCCGCCGCCUGUCCCUCAGCCUCCGCCGCAGUACCAGCAUCCUGCACCGCCCGUGUUGCCACCCCAGAUGCAGUACCAGGUUUCUGCGCCUAACCCGGCACCAGCCAUGGCAGCGCAGCAAGGAUCAUCUGAUGAGAUCCGCACGCUUUGGAUCGGCGACUUGCAGUACUGGAUGGAUGAGAGCUAUAUCUACAGCUGCUUUGUACAUACGGGAGAGGUUGUUUCAGUUAAACUUAUUCGCAACAAACAAACUGGGCAGUCAGAGGGUUAUGGUUUUAUUGAGUUUGUAUCUCAAAUGGCUGCGGAACGAAUUCUUCAAACUUAUAAUGGUCAAACAAUGCCUAAUUCUGAACAAGCUUUCAGAUUGAAUUGGGCUUCAUGUGGAGCAGGAGAGAGGCGUGGAGAUGGUGCUGAUUAUACAGUUUUUGUUGGUGAUUUGGCUGCAGAUGUCACUGAUUAUAUGUUGCAAGAGAUAUUUAAGAGCCGCUACUCCUCAGUUAAGGGUGCCAAAAUUGUCACUGAUCGACUUACUGGGCGUUCCAAAGGCUAUGGCUUUGUUAAAUUUGCUGAUCUUAAUGAACAAACAAAAGCAUUGACUGAGAUGAAUGGAGUUUAUUGCUCAACAAGGCCCAUGCGAGUUGGUACUGCUGCUAACAAGAGGGCAUUGGGUAGUCAACAGCAAUAUCCCUCAAAUGUUUCCUACCAGAGUGGACAGAAUGCAGAGUCUGAGAAUGAUCCAAACAAUACUACCAUUUUUGUUGGUGGGCUUGAUUCUAAUGUUACAGAUGAUAUUUUGCGACAAGUUUUUGGCCAGUAUGGGGAAAUAGUUUAUGUAAAAAUACCCGUAGGGAAGCGAUGUGGGUUUGUUCAAUUUUCUAACAGGUCAAGUGCUGAGUCUGCAUUAAGUUCACUAAAUGGAACCCAGUUAGGUGGACAAAAUAUCAGAUUGUCAUGGGGUCGCAGUCCUACCAAUAAACAGCAGCAGCAGCAGCAGGAACCCAACCAGUGGAAUGGAAGCUACUAUGGAUAUACCCAAAACUACGACAACUAUGGUUAUGCUGCCACUCCACAAGAUCCUAACGCAUAUUCAUAUGGAGCAUAUCAAGGAUAUGGGAACUAUCAGCAGCAGCAGCAAUAACUGCUGGCACAGCAGUUGCCUCAGUGAUCUGGGGAGCUCAUUGCGGCUCGGCUUGUAAUUUCCACAAGGAAAAACUCGUUACUUUCUGGUUCCUGCUCGCCUCCCCCUUUAAAUCCUUUUACAAUACGUUGAUGUUGUGCGAACUUUGUAGUAGCUACCAAGUCAAUGGGCGAUUGGUGAUUACUCUACUUUAUUGCUUUGGAAUUUUAUCUUUCUAUUGUGGGAUUGUGGUUGUAUGUCAUGUUUUUAAUUACUCAACUUUCGGUCUUGAUGAUUGCUAGUUCUGCUUCCUA